GCCUCUUGGGGCUGGGUGGCUCUUUACAUAGUUUGGUUUGACAGCUGUCAGUAGGUUGUCCUCUGUCUUUCAUCGCUGUCCCGGGCCAUGGAGCCUCUGGCCGAGAUUCCAUUAUUUGAGUUUGACGAUGAUGAAGAUGAAGAGGAGUCCAGUCUUUCUACAGAGACCAGUGUGUUUGUGUUUAGGUAAAAGUCAACAUGCCCCUGACACCUUUAUUUAUAUGAACUUCAUGAAAAGCCACUGCUGCUACGACGCCAUCCCCACCAGCUCCAAACUCGUCAUUUUCGACACAACUCUCCAAGUGAAAAAGGCCUUCUUCGCUUUAGUGGCAAAUGGUGUUAGAGCAGCACCACUUUGGGACAACAAGCUUCAGUGUUUUGUAGGCAUGUUGACGAUCACUGACUUCAUCAACAUCCUUCAUCGCUAUUACAAGUCUCCUCUGGUUCAGAUCUAUGAGCUGGAAGAACAUAAAAUAGAGACUUGGAGAGAGAUCUACCUCAAAUAUUCUUCUAAUAAGCUCAUCAGCAUCACUCCUGACAGCAGUCUGUUUGAAGCAGUUUAUUCACUGUUGAAAAAUAAGAUUCACCGUUUGCCCAUUAUUGACCCUGUAUCUGGAAAUGUCCUUCACAUCCUCACUCACAAGAGGAUUCUGAAAUUUCUUUACAUUUUUGGCGACUUGAUUCCCAAACCUAGAUUUUUGCAAAGACGCAUCAGUGAAGUGGGAAUCGGGACUUUUAGAGAGAUCGCCACUGUGCAGGAAUCUGCCACCGUUUACGAAGCACUGACCAUUUUUGUAGAAAGAAGAGUGUCGGCUUUACCCGUGGUCAACGAACAAGGGAAAGUGGUGGCCUUAUAUUCCAGGUUUGAUGUCAUUAAUCUUGCUGCUCAAAAGAAUUACAACAACUUAAACAUGACGAUGCGCGAGGCCCUGUCCUCCAGGACCUGCUGGGUGGAGGGCGUGCUCAAGUGUUACCCCCACGAAACACUCGAGACCAUCAUGGGGCGAAUCGCCAAGGCCGAGGUGCAUCGUUUGGUGUUGGUCGAUUGUGACGAGGUGGUUAGGGGCAUAGUGUCUUUGUCCGACAUCUUACAGGCGCUCAUCCUGUCUCCUGCAGACAUAGCCGUGAGAUCUCCCUGUCUCCUGUGAAGAUGACGAGCAGCACUUAUAUUCAAGUAUUUAAUGAGGCUCGACUCAUGUUGAGAAUUGUCUAAUCACACAGAGAGAUCCAAACCCAAACUAUUAGGGGACAUGUGUCUACAGGGAUGUGCACAGACGGGCCCAGGUGCUGCUCCAGCCCCUCAGUCUCUCGUGGUCAACAUAUUUUUAGGUUUAAUAUUUGCCCAAAAAAGAGAGCAAAUGUAUAAAAGACCUUUAGACACUGAAAUAUGGCCUGCUCCCUCCCGCUGUCCUGCCUCUCGCUCAUGUCCCGUCUACCACACAGCACCAAAUCAACUAAAGGACAGUUUCUAGUCCAGAAACAUGCUCAACUUUUAGUCAGUUUUCUUAUCCACGAUGUUGUGAGCAAAACAGCAGAUGCAAUAA